GAAAAAUGAAGUUUGUUUUUAUUUGGGACAACCAAGUCCUCAGACGGGAAGGAUCAGACAGACCACUUGAUGACUGCCACGUUGGACUUAGUUUCCGGCAUGAAAGAAAACAUGACUGCUUGGUCCAGGAAAUCGCAACGACGUUGCUAUAAUUGUUUAUUGACAUUGGCAAUAUUAGCGACAAUGAUAAGUGUCAUUACUAUACUUGGAUUGCACCAAUCAAACUAUGACGGGUCAACUCACCUAGAAGAACCUAUACGUGUCCCCGAAUUUGCCAGCCCGGUGGGCGAUGAAAUCGACAUUUUUGAUGUCAACACAUUUAUGUCGGCCACGGAUAUGCUAGUAGUCAAAUACCUCUAUCAACACCGUCUGUACCCUCCCCCCUGGGAAGACAUAACUGUCGACCGGAUCCCUCCUAGUCACCUUCCUGCUACUGCAAUCGAUCCAAUGUUCAAAUUACUAAAUGCAUCGGGAGGCGGAUUUUUCAUCGAGUGUGGCGCAAAUGAUGGAAAGUUCUACUCAAGGACGUUGCAACUUGAGAAGGAUUUUGGAUGGGGUGGCCUCCUUAUUGAAGCUUCUCCAUCACUGUUUGGAAAAUUAAGAAAAAGUAGACGGUCCGCUUGGAUGGCAAAUGUUUGCUUGAGCGGAAAGAUUGAAAAGGUUGAAUUCAAAAUGAAUUUUAACACCAGCAAAGAUUGGAUGCCCGGGACUGGGUUGAUUAAUCCUGGAUCGAAAUAUAAAGCACCAAAUUACAAACCGUACGGACUGGACAUUAAUGGAUUUACAUCUGAAGGAAUAAUUGAUUGUUUUCCGUUACAAUCUUUACUGGCAGCGAUAAACAGGAAAUCAGUGGAUUUAUUUGCCCUCGACGUACAGGGUCACGAGUUCCAAGUUUUGCAGGGGAUUCCAUUUGAUCAGAUGGAUAUCAAGUUUCUAAUCGUGGAGUAUUCACUCACACCGGAAGGAAAAAACAGCAUUUUGGAUCUCAUGCGGAAAUAUGGAUACAAAACGGUGCAUGAUAACGGAGAAGAUGUCUAUUUGAAGAAAAUAAGGAAAUAAAAAAUGUAAUUAUUGCU